AUGAAAUCGUUAAUAUUCACUAUUGCCCUGCUGGUCGCAGUUGCUAUCGCAGCACCAAGCCAGUAUACAACGCCUUCUCAAGUACAGACCAGAGUCGAGUGGCGGAAGUUGUCAAAAUCAGCUCAAGCAGACUACAUCAGCGCUGUUAAAUGCCUGGAUAAACUUCCUUCAAAGCUUGGCUUGAAAACAUCUCACUACAACGACUCCCCUUAUGUUCAUACAAAGCUUAAUAUCCAGAGUGAGUUCAACAUCCUUCCUCUUCAGGCCAAUGAUGCUGACCCUUCCGUAGUCCAUUUUGUGGCUCAGUUCCUGCCCUGGCACCGGUAUUUUGUCCAUAUUUACGAGACCUCACUGCGAGAAUGCGGAUAUCGUGGUUCUAUGCCCUAUUGGGACUGGACACUCGAUUCUAAAGACAUGUCUAAGAGCCCAGUGUUCUUGAAUGACAAGACGCGUGGUUUUGGCGGUAACGGCCUGAACGGAGGCUUUGUGAGCCCGGCGCGACCAAAUCCUUUGACAAUGUGUGUCCUCGAUGGCGCAUUCAACAACUUCACUGUGCAAUACUAUGACAAUGCGUUGAGGCCGCAUUGCUUGAAUCGCGGGUUCAACGACGGCACAGGCCAGGCCGGCAAGUUUCAAGGAAACGCUUAUUCGCUGCAGGUGGUGUCAAAGAUAAUAAACACCUCCAUGAAUUUCAGUACUUUUGCCACUGAUCUUGAGAAUGGACCGCAUGGUGCUAUCCAUCAAGCCAUUGGAGGAGACAUGAUACCAUCAACAUCACCUAACGACCCUCUCUUCAUGCUGCACCAUGCACAGAUCGAUCGUUUGUGGUGGCUCUGGCAGCAGAAGAGCCCUAAGCAGCGAAACUCGGACUUUUCGGGCAUACGCAUUCUUGCGUCUGGUGAAACAGAUAAGAAAAAGGCAAGUUUGAAGGACAAGAUGCCUAUGCUCGGCCUCGGCCCUGAUAAACUUGUGUCCGAACUGAUGACAACGGCGUCGAACUUGCUGAGCUAUCGCUAUGAAUGA